UUGCUCAAAAAAAAUAUAUUCGUCAGUUUCUAUUUAUUUGCUUUACAUGUAACUUUAUUUCUUUUUAAUGACAUCAGAUAAUUAUAUUGUGGGAACAUGCGAGACUAUGUGUCCUGUCUCAGAAGUCAAUUUAAGAAAGAAAAACAACUUAGUACACUAUUUCGAGAGAAUAGAAUUCGUGAAAGAAUUUUCAAGAUCAGCUGCUGAUAAAAGACAAUCAAAGGCGUCUGAUUUAAGGACUUUUGGUGCAUUGAAAAAGACUUUGGAGUAUUUAUUUAGCAGAAUUUUACACGAGACUGAUAAACCGUUCAACUUUCGUUAUGAUUUCAUUUUCAAUCGAUGUCGAGCUGUUCGACAAGAAAUUGUUAUUCAAAACAUGUCAUGUGAAAAGACUGUAAAGCUUCUUGAGCCGAUUGCUUUGUUUUUAAGCUUUAGUCUUUAUCGAUUGACUGGUUCACCGAUAUCAGCUUUCGACUCAAGCAUAUGUGGCCAACAUUUAAAAGAAUGUUUAUUAAAAUGUCUGACAUGUUAUGAAGAAAUGGAUGAAAUGGAUCAAGAUUACAAUCAAGAUAAUCGGAUAAUCAUCGAAGGAAUCUAUUUAAUGCUCAACAUAAACGAUCCAAACUCACUUCAUCGAUUAAUUCAACUAAACUCGACAUUUAAAUCAUCACCAAUCAUUAAAUUGUGCAUUAUAAUUGCACUCAACUUUCAUCAGAGAAAUUACUACAAAAUAAUUCGUGAUAUUCAAAGACUUCCACACAUAAUUUGUGCAGUUGCAACAUUAAUCUUACCUCAGCUACGUAGAAAUCUUCUUUACAACUUUUCGAUCGCAUACAGCAGCAACACAUCAACAGUUCCACUUGAUUUCCUACAACGCCUUCUAAUCUACGACAACACUGAAAUUCUAGUUCGCGACUUAAUUGAACUUGACAUUCAAUCCAAAGCUGAAGAGAAGUUGACAGCAGUGAAAUUCAAUCGCAAGACAUUCGAUAAGAACAAAACGAUUUCUCACACAUUGCAUCAGUUCGUCGAGGUGAAGUUUCGUGAUCUCAAUCUGACAGACUUAAUUCUAUUAAAAUAAUUGUGAAGUUCAAUUAAAAACCAAAUAUGAAUGAAUAAAAAUUGUCCUCAUUUUUACAAAUGUAAAUUCAUAUUUGUUAGUAAAAAAUUCUGAUUAAUAAGCUUCAUUAAAUAAGUUAAUUAAAACAAUGACCUUCGUAAAGUUCAUCUGAUUUAGAAAUAAUUACAUCCAAAGAACAUCAAUAAAAUUAUCAUGAAGUUUGCACAAGGC